AUUUUUAAAAAUGUUAUGUGUGUGUUCAUGCAGGAACUCUGUCUCUACACGCUUGGUAAUUUAUGCCCGGAUAGUGUUGUGAAAGAGAAGCUCCUGGCACAGGGGAUCGUGCCAGCCCUGGCUAGCUGUUUAGAGAACCAAAGACAUAACCUGGCGGUAGUGGAAGCUGUUGGAUUCACCCUUUCUCAGCUUCUCCAAGCCAACGAUGCAGCAGAGAAAAUAAUCCCGAUGGUCCUGGCCUCCAGCUUACCUUCACACUUGUUAUCAGUCCUGACUCCUGACCCGAAGUUUGGCCUGGGUCCUGCCAUUGAGUGUGCUUGGUGCAUACACUACCUAACAUGCAGUAUGAAGGACCACAGAGUGCUGCUGGCUCAGGGUGCCCUGUUGCAGUGCAGUUCCCUGUUAGUGUCACUAGGUGGUGCUGUUGCUGAAGGAAACAAAGAAGAAGGAAUGGAGCUGGUAAGGAAAUGA